AGUUUAUAGACAAAUUUUAUAAUUAAUUUUGUGAUUAAUCUAUAUUUAAUAUUUUAACUGUGAAUGUGAAAAGAUUCCUUUUCAAAAUACAACGCGGAACGGAACACACCCUGAAUUAGCACGCAGCGAUCGAUCGUGGCAGGGCCGGACGGGGUCAACCGGUCAAGACAAGAAGACGCUGGAGGCCUCUGCACGGCGCCGUUCAAAAUUCAGAAAUGUGGCCGUGCGCUGCUGGGCGUGCUGACACCUGUCGCGUCCGGGAUUCCGGAAGCCUCCCAAGCCCUCAUCGGGGUCUCGUCUCCACCUCAUCCCAAGUCUCCCUUGAGAUCUCGCAGCCACCAGGCAGAGCCACAGGAUCCUCCGCCGCACGCCAUGCCGCCUCCAGCCACCACGUAUACCAGGUACGAGACGCGCCGCCGUGACCCGGACCCCCGCAGGGCCGCGCUGCUCGUCAUCGACGUGCAGGGCCACUUUGCGUCGCUGGCGGCUCCGAUCAUGCCGGCGAUCGCCUCCACCGUCGCGCUCUGCCGCGCCGCGGGCAUGCCCGUCGUGUACACGUGCCACGUCGACCGGGACGCCCCGCGCGGCCGCCCGCUCCGCGAGUGGUGGGGCCGCGACCGCAUCGACGCCGGCACGCCCGCGGCCGAGCUGCUCCCGGGCGCCGGGCGCGCCGAGGGGGACCUCGUGGUGGAGAAGGGCACGUACAGCGCCUUCGCCGGCACGGGGCUGGAGGAGGCGCUGCGGCGGGCGGGCGCCGAGGAGGUGGUCGUGGCGGGCGUCAUGACCAACCUGUGCUGCGAGACCACCGCGCGGGACGCCUUCGUGAGGGGGUUCCGGGUCUUCUUCUCCGCCGACGCCACCGCCACGGCCACCCGGGACCUGCACGAGGCCACGCUCGCCAACAUGGCCUACGGCUUCGCCUACAUCGUCGACUGCGAGCGGCUCCAGGCGGCGCUCGGGAAGCCGGACAAGCAGUGAGGCGAUCCGGAUGCUCUCCGCGACUGUAUCUCUGUGUAUGCUUCUGCAUCGCAUUCGCGCGUAUGCCCGAAGCACGCCUAGUGGUCGAUCGGGGCUAUGCUCUUUGUCUUGUGUGAACAACAGGUAUUGUUGACCUGAUGGAUGUAGCUUAUACUAUGGAUGUAAAAACAUCAGGUGUUCCUUGGAUGUAAAAUACGUAAAGCUUAUGUAUGCAAAAAAUCAUAUAUAUCGACGACUGAUUAUGCUA